UGAUUAUAUGUCUGGCUCAUCUUAUAUGAAUUUGUAUAUAAAAUUCAACUGAAAGCUAUGCUGUAUGCUGGCAGCAGGAACUGGUGCAGCAGCUGUGUCUAGCUAGAAACUGUGUAGUUUAAAGUGAUUUUCAAUCCCCUUGUGAUUAUCAGUAUAGCUGUGCUCUUUUAUGUCCUUUAUUGGUCAAGAAAAUUCAUGGAAAUUCAUCAUGAAGGGAUUUCUAAAAUAGUGUAGUCAUGUGUGGCUCAGUAGGUCUUUAUCAUUUCUCCAAAUGCAAAAUAAAUACUUUUUUCUUACUAUGAGUACAUUUGUCUUCAACAUGGGACUAACACAUGUUACAGAUAAGUAAUAGCCACGCAGGUGUUACCUCACAGUUACACAAAAAUGGUAGAAGAGAAUGACACAUGUAAAGACAUGUGAAGCACAGUGAGAGAAAAUGCUCCUCCCUAGUCUCUGUGGCAUCCUUCAAAUACUAUUCUGUAUUAUGAGCUCAGAGACUAUAGGCGUCUCAUUAUUCAACCCGUAAGUAUCUCAGUUCACUCCUCAGACUCAAAGCUAACACUGCAAGAAUGGGAAAGGUUCAUCUGGAAGACAACGACAGCACAGAACAAAAAACUGAGUAUAGCUUAGUCCGCAUCAAAGGUACCUGGAAGCACAAAGUGGGAAAGAAGGUGAAUAAGGACCCAGGUGACUGUGUCUCUGCUGCAAAAAUCUAUGAGAGCAUCACAGAAAAGUGCACCACUUGGAUGGUAGUCAGCCCCAUCGUCUUUACUUACAAAGUAAUUGAGACUCAGAACUUGCUAGACCCGAACAACAACACACUCCUGCUGGGCCACAUCACAGACCAGCAGCAACUGGAGGACAUUGAAAAGUCAAACAAGCCAAUCAGGCGCUUUGUGGUUGUUGAUCAAGAAGUUUACAAAAUCUACGGUCCCAAGCUAACUGAAUAUCUAGAGGCCAACAAUGUCCUGUACAAGAUCUUGUCUCUACCAACCACAGAGGAGAACAAAUCCAUGGAAAUGGUCUUGAACAUCCUUGAAGAGGUCAACAAAUUCUCUCUUGACCGCCGCACAGAGCCCAUCAUCGCCAUUGGUGGAGGGGUAUGCCUGGACAUAGUUGGCCUGGCUGCCUCUCUCUACAGAAGACGCACCCCUUACAUUAGGGUCCCAACCACACUGCUCUCCUACGUCGAUGCCAGCGUCGGGGCAAAGACAGGUGUUAACUUUGCAAACUGCAAGAACAAACUGGGCACCUACAUUCCACCUGCUGCUGCCUUCCUCGACCUGUCCUUCAUAAAAAGUGUUCCUCGACGACACAUUUCUAACGGGCUGGCAGAGAUGUUAAAGAUGGCCUUGAUGAAACAUAAAGGCCUCUUUGAUCUUCUUGAGAAACAUGGCUGUAUGUUGUUGGACACUAAAUUACAGACAGCACCACAAGCAACUCGCAUAGCCAUCGUGACCAUGCUGGAGGAGCUCGCCCCAAACCUUUGGGAGGAUGACUUAAACAGACUUGUGGACUUUGGCCACCUUAUCAGUCCGGCUUUAGAGAUGAAAGUUCUCCCUUCCCUGCUGCAUGGUGAGGCAGUGAACAUUGAUAUGUCUUACAUGGUUUAUGUGUCCAAAGAGAGUGGUCUGUUGUCAGAAGAAGAAAAGCAAAGGAUCAUCAGCUGCAUGAUGGGCCUGGAGCUGCCUGUCUGGCAUGAGGCGUGUACCAUGGAGCUCAUCCAGCAGUCUCUGCAGGACAGGCUGAAGCAUUCUGGAGGACUGGUCAGAAUGCCUCUACCUGUUGGUCUUGGGCAAGCAGAAAUUUUUAAUAACACAUCUUGUGAGAUCCUGCACAGAGCUUACGAAAAAUGGUGUGAUGAGCUGAGUGCCCCCACUGACAGCAGCUGUGACUCUUAACCUGCCAAUACUGCAACUGUAGUAGUUCAGUCUGUUUUUUAAGUUAAUACUUUUAUAUUUUUAGGGGAAUGUAUGUACUCAAGACUUUCAAGGUUCACGUUAUCUACUGUAGUUUUCACAAUGCAGCAACAAAGGACAAAUAAGGGGUAACAGUAUAAGCACUUCCGUAGAGUGACAGUACCAGAGUUGUAGAGUUGUAAAACAGAAUAAAUUAGCAAAUAUAUGUGUUUUUUUCAAGUUUUUGGUUUUGAUUAUCAGGCAUGUAAAGCUUCAGCUAGCAAGUGAUUCAACAAGCGGCCUGCUAACCAUUCUGUUGUCAUGUCUGUAAAACGUUCUCAUAAGUGUAAAGCCUCAUUAAAGAUUUUACUGUUUGCAAGUGUG